CGAACCCUCCGACCUACAACAUCUAUACUUCAGUGCAAGCUCCCGCCGUGACUCACAAGCCAGCUGCUGCUGAGUUGCAUCAUUCAGCUGAUAUUAUCACCUCACCGCGGGCCUCCUAUCAUCCCGAAACUAGGUCAACAUGGCUUUGACUCCCCAAGCUCUUCGCCUGCUCUCUAAAGAGCUCGUCAGGCUCCGCUCGGAUCCACCUGAGGGUGUCAGAGUCAUUGUCGAUGAAGAUGAUCUCACAGCUGUGGAAGGACUGGUCCAGGGUCCAUCCGGUACGCCGUACGAGGGAGGUUACUUCCGCAUACGGUUCAACUUUGGCCCUGAGUAUCCCAAUAUCCCCCCAAAAUGUACCAUGAUCACCAAGAUUUUCCACCCGAAUAUGUCGAAGCAGGGCGAAAUUUGUGUGGACACUCUGAAGAAGGGUUGGAAGAGGGAAUACGGUGUUGGACAUGUCUUAGUGACUAUCAAGUGCCUGUUGAUAUACCCAAAUCCAGAGAGCGCUCUGGAUGAGGAGGCUGGAAAACAAUUGUUGGCAGAUUAUGAUGGCUACUGUAAGUAUGCCAGGCUUAUGACCUCUAUCCAUGCGACGCCGAAGAUUACGCCCAUCGAAUUCCGUGACUCGUCCUCAAAGUCUUCCCCUUCAGCCCCCACGCCGAUUGCAGGACUCAACCUCAUUCAUCUCCCCUCAUCCAUCCCAAGCUCACACUCUCGACCCCCGAAUUCCACCAGCUCCACCACGUCGUCAUCAACUACCACAACCACGGUCACCACCACUUCCACCAAACCCACCGCUUCGACCAGACCUGCACCCCUUCAGGCUCAUGCUCAACAAGAGCAGAGCCCUGUCAUGCUUUCUGAGCCGACCGCUGGAGAGCCAGAGAAGCCGUUGAAGACUGUCUCUAGUACGAAGACGCCGGCGAAGACAGCCGGAGCGAAAGCCGGAGCCAAGCGAGGUCUAAAGAGAUUGUGAUUGUAAUUUAGCUAGCGACACACUGUAUCGUCUUGCCUAUCCCUUGCAUAGCGCGUUCAGAUGGUCCUGAUCUCUGCUCUUUUCGCAUGUUCGUGACUUGUAAUGGAUGCAUAGGCCGUCAGUCAUCU